AUGGAUUAUCUGAUUAUCGACGAAGAUGUCAAGUUUCCUGCGCGCAGUAUCAAGGCCAUGAAAGGACGAUAUCGAAACCAUUGCAAUGAUUACGAAGUCUUCGAAGACGCAAAAGAAAUGGACAGGACUUUGUACGAUUUUUCAGAUGUCCGAGAGAGGUUCAGAGACUCUGAGGAUGAUGACGAAGAUGGAAUACCGAGAUCGAUCAGAGAAAGGCGGGAGGGAGAGUGGGUGGCGGAAUAUCCUGACCCUACAAAAGUUCCUUUCAUGACGGUGGAGGAUUUCGCAGCAUAUCACAAGCGAAAGAGGGUCACAUUAGGACCUACUCUCAUCACGUUUCAAUCACCAUGGCCGGGGACACCUCUCACAAAGCUUCAGCGGAUCUCUCUGCAUAUCCUCAACACGAAAGUCUACGAUCUAGAUGCUCUCCGCAAACGCUGCCCACUCGACUAUGAUCGUCACACCCGAGUACCAGCAAUACGAAAUCUCGGCAACCUCGGCAAGCUACCAGCAGAGCUACUGCAUCAAAUCCUCCUUGAUAUCGAUUUGCAAACCCUUUUAGCAUUUCGAGAAGUCAUGAAGCAUGCACCAAAUGCUGUACGAUACGCAAUCGCCAUUUGCACGGCUGAUGCAUUCACUAUCAGGUCCUUGUUCCUGAAAUUGUGUCAGAAGAGCUGCGAUGGAGAAGAUUGCGGCAAGCCUGCACCCUACAUCGAUGUCUUCAAAAUCAAGAGACGAUGCCUUGACGUUGGCGAAGGCUGCGAAAACACUCCAUUUGGCAAAUACCAUACAUUGUGCCGAGCGGGUCCUUCAGACGUCAUAUAUGACGAUGAGUUCACCUACUAUGACUACGAAGAGGUGCAAGCUAACCUGAGCCCAACUGAAGAGGAAUCGGUUUUCGGACCUGAUCCUACUUUCAAUCGUCAAGAUUCAGACCGGAGUCUAUGUUCAGUCACUGCGCCUUGGCUCAGCAUCGAUCGCCACGAUAGCGAAAAUGUAUCCGACUAUGAUGGGCAUGUCCAGCAGGAGCACAAAGACUUGCACACGACACAUGAUCCUCUUGCGUGGAAAAGAGGGCUCCCGUCUCACCGCCGCUCCACCAACCUGAACGAGGACAAGAUCACGGAAUGGAUCGAAUCGUACAUGACUCAACCCUACUUCAAUACCUAG